AUGUACAAAAUACUACAGAAGGAACAUCAUGAAUGCAACCAAGCGCCUGAAGAUUUCCUGGGCUUCCAAUGCCCAUCCACCGGGAGGCCUGCUUUUAGUUACUCUAGAACUUUCCAGGACAAGAAGGGGCUUUCCGGGAAACCGAAUAAUUUCGAGCGCAAAGCCGUGUAUCAGAGGCAAGUGAGGGCGCCCAGUUUGCUGGCCAAAAGCAUUUUAGAAGGCUACCGCCCAAUUCCAGCAGAGACUUAUGUGGGAGGGAGCUUACCCCUGCCUCCCCCGGUAAGUGACCGGAUGAGGAAAAGGCGAGCCUUUGCUGACAAAGAGUUGGAGAACAUUAUGCUGGAGAGAGAAUAUAAAGAAAGGGAGAUGCUGGAAGCAUCCCAAGCUGCUGCCUUGUUCCUGCCCAACCGUAUGGUGCAGGGACCCGAGUAUAACUCCUACAAAAGUGCCUACAGCCCCACCGCAGUAGAGCUGCCAAACAAGGACUUCUGCAAUUUUCUGCCCACCUGCCUUGAUCUAACCAUGCAGUAUUCAGGUUCCGGGAAUAUGGAACUCAUCUCUUCCAACGUCAGUGUGGCUACAACUUACCGACAGUAUCCUUUGUCCUCAAGAUUUUUGGUUUGGCCCAAGUGUGGCCCCAUUAGUGACACUCUUCUUUAUCAGCAAUGCCUGCUAAACGCCACCACCUCGGUGCAAGCCCUGAAACCUGGGGGCAGCUGGGACCUGAAGGGAGUGCGAGUCCAGGAGGCCCUUGCUGCAGAGCAGGACGUGAUGCCACCCAAACUGGAAGGCUCGCUGGUGUCGCCUCAUGCGGAGGUCCCGACCUCCAGAAACGACCUUCAGGGUCACCAGGGCGUCCCUGAGAGGUCUGCGUUUUCCCCACCCCGAUGGAAUUUCUCUCCCGUUGUUGACACGGACUCCCUGGCGGCUCAAGGGCACGUCUUAACCAAGAUCAGCAAAGAAAGCACCAGGCACCCUAUGCCACUUAAACAUAAUCCACUCCAUUCAUUAUUCCAGCAAACUCGUAAUGACACAUCAGGCCCUGAGCUGAAAACACCAUUUGUCAAAGGGGCCUUUGAAGACGCCCCUAAGAAACCCAGGGAGUGUUUAGUCAGAGAGAACCCGAAGUACACGUUUACAAUAGAUAGGUACGGGAAAGACCUUUUCGUCGCCAAGCAAGUUGGGACAAAACUCUCUGUGAAUGAACCCCUGUCAUUUUCCGUCGAGUCUAUUCUGAAGAGGCCUUCAUCUGCCAUCACUCAUGUCUCUCAGUGAACGGCUGCUCACACGAGAAGCUGUAUUUUCUGCCGUCGCGGAGGAUUCUUACCAGUUGCUAAUUUUUUUUUUUUUGAGAAAAACGGUUGAUGUUUGUAUAAAGAAAUUUCUAAUGUAAAUGGGGAUGAUUUAAGAAAAUGAUAUAUAUUCAUAUGCAUGUACUUUUUCUCGCCACAUAAAUAUAUUUAAAUUUAAACAUGGAAAUUGCUUAUGUGCAAAUUGUAAAGUCCCACGCUUUACACAACAUCUCAAAAAGCAAUAAAGUUGACACUGUCUUCUAAAAAGA